AUGUCUUCCAAGUUUUUGCCCGUCGAUAACCCUACCAAGUCCUUCUGGCACUCGCGCGCCGACCAAUUCGCCAAGCAUCGCACCACGCCUACUCUACCUGCUCACGCAGACGUGGUCAUCAUCGGAUCUGGUUAUGCGGGCACCACCACUGCCUACUACCUCAUGAAAGGUAGUUCUACGCCUUUGAACGUGACCAUGCUAGAGGCGCGUGACGUUUGCUCAGGAGCCACUGGCCGGAACGGUGGUCACCUCAAACCCGACCUCUAUUACAACACAUUAUCCUUCACCGAUAAGUAUGGUGAAAAAGGCUGCGCUGAUAUCGCUAAUUUCGAGUACGCCCACAUAGCUGCCAUGAAAGAGCUGAUCGAGGCCGAGCAAAUUGAUUGCGAUUUCGUGCUCACAAGGGCGGUAGAUGUUCACCUGUCGCCCGAGGCCAACGAGAGAUGUCUCAGAAACUAUCAGGCUAUGAUGAAGAACCCCUACAUAACCUGCAAAUCCGACUUGCAAUUGCUCACCGGUGAACAAGCCAAGGUGACAUCUAAAAGCGAAGAUACAGAAGUCGCAGUGUCCUAUACCGCAGGUCAAAUGUGGCCUUACAAACUGAUUACCACGAUAUUGAAGCGACUAAUUGAUAAAUACGGUCUUAACUUACAGACAAAUACUCCAGCUCUAUCAGUUUCCAAAUUAUCUGAUGGAAAAUGGGAAAUUGUAACUCCAAGAGGCUCUAUAGUCACGAGCAAAGUCGUGCUUGCCACCAAUGCCUACACCGCCUCUGUGGACUCUCGUUUCAUUGACAAGAUUGUCCCCAUAAAAGGUAUCUGUUGUCACAUCACAGCAAGCAAUAAGAGUGAAAGAACACCACACUUGUCAAAUACCUAUGGUAUUAGAAAUGACCAUCUUGCCGAUGGAGAUUAUCUCAUCAAUAGACCAGAUGGCUCAGUGGUUGUUGGGGGUGCCAAAAAGCACAUUUUCCCGUUCAAAGAAAGAUUUUACAACAACGUCGAUGAUAGCUCUCUAAUUGAUGGAACUUCCGACUAUUUUACUGAUGAUUAUAUGCAAAAGCGCUUUUAUACCUGGAAGAAUUUUGAAUCUAAACCAGACUACAUCUGGAGUGGUAUCUUAGGAUAUACCGACGAUAGCUUGCCAUACGUGGGUGAAAUUGAGCCUGGGAAAUAUAUAAUAGCAGGAUUUCAUGGACACGGUAUGCCAAGGGUCUUGCUAUGUGCCAAGGCCUUGGCGUUGGCUCUUGAAACCGGAGCGGAGGUCGAAGGCAUUCCAGACUCUUUCAAAGCUACGCCAAAGAGGCUGGCCUCAACGCAAAAUACAAUCUUGAAAGCCUUGGGCACACCUACUGCCAAAUUGUAG